AGUAAAUUUAAAUGAAAUAACACUUUCAUUGCCACACGAUAAACACACACACACACACACACACACACACACACACACACACACACACACACACACACACACACACACACACACACACACACACACACACACACGUUCCAAUCUCCCUCUUUCUCUCUCUCUCUCUCUCGUCCCGUGACUCCCUCGCCGUCCGUCCGACUCCCUUACGCUUAGUGUGGCUCUGGCAGCGGAAGGGGGAGGACGUCUGCGUAUCGGGCUCCUCACCCUGAGAUCACUGACCACUAGUACUACCGCCGCGUGUGUCUGUCCGUGCGUCUGCCAAAGGUGUUUCAGGAGUGUUGGCGCGGCGUGAACAGUGAACACAGGUGUGUGGCUGCAGGGGGGCGGGGUGCCGGCCCUGCACGGGAGGCUGCAAGGGACGGCCUGAGAGUGAGUCUGUGGUGCCGGGAACAUUGAUGGUGCCGGGCCGCGGUGCCCGACAGCCCGCGUGUGUGUGUGCGUCGGUGUUGAAGAGCCACGGCGGGCAUGAGGGCGGCGCCCCCCUCGCCCAGCCAGCCGGGGCAGGGGGCGCCGCGCCUGGACACUGCGUAGGGCGCGUGUUACCGCCUUAGCCCCCCAUGGUGGCGUGACCGCCCCUGGAGAGGGCGUGAGGCGCGACUCUCAGUCUGGAGACUCUGCUCGUGCCGCCCGCGCCGCCCAUGGUGGAGUGGCCGCCCCCCACCGUGGAGUGGCCCCCUCCCAUGGGCCUCGCGCCCUUCACCUACCUUGGGGAUGACCUCGGGGGGAGCCCCAUGGUCUCCCCGAGGUCCUCCCCACGCUCCUCCCCACGGGGCUCCCCGCGGGCGUCUCCAAGGGCGUCCCCACGGGCGAGUCCCCGCGCCAGCCCCCGCGCCUCGCCGCGCUCCACGCCGCGCCGCAGGUCCCGCGCCCAGUCACGGGACGGCACGCCCAUCGAGGAGCUGGUGGUGGUGAGCGUGCCCUGCAGGGAGCUGAAGUUGCGUUCGGGGCUGUCCCAAAAUUAG